AUGGUGUCCGACUUCAGAAAGAAGAAGCUACUGCACUUGUUCAAUCAGUUCUUCGACACCAACAGCAGCGGUUCGAUAGAGAAAAAAGACUUCGAGUUAGCGGCGCAGACAAUUUCGAAACUACGAGGAUGGAAGGAAGGUGAUGCCAAGUACAAGGAGACUUUGGACUCAUUACUUAGGAUCUGGGAUGGUUUACAAAGUGCAGCAGAUUCAAAUAAGGAUGGCGAGGUGACCGCUGAUGAAUGGGUGUCCAUGUGGGAAGCUUACGCGAAGAAUCCGUCAUCUGCUCAUGACUGGCAAAAUCAGUACUGCAAAUUCACUUUCAAUCUAGAAGACGCCACUGGUGAUGGAUCUAUUGACAGUGAGGAGUUCUCAUCUGUUUAUGCUUCGUUUGGCCUAAACAAGGAUGACGCCGUGUUAGCUUUCCAGAAGUUAGCAAAAGGCAAGUCCAGUAUCACCUGGCCAGAGUUCCAAGAAUUGUGGAAGGAGUACUUCGUUACGGAAGAUCCUAACGCACCGGGCAAUUUCAUCUUCGGAAAGUCUAGCUUCUAG